UGUUUUCUUUUCUUUCUUUCUUUUUUUUAAUUACAGCUCAUUUAUUUCUGCUACAGCCAAGUGAGGUUUCGUAAAUAUUGGCGUCUGUAACGGAGUUUCCAGCGGAGAAUUCAACUUCCGUCCCCGUUUCGGAUAAUGGAACAGCCGAGCUGGAUAAAACUCACCGGCAGCGCAUUGCUGACGUAGUUUUCGGGGCAUUGUUGAAGCUGGGUGAACUGUGCUUGUCGCUCAGGUUUUACAUUUAGUGUCGAGACUUUUACUUAGGAGCUAAUAUUCAGUGAAGCUUCUCAAACGUUUUCAACCUUAUAGGGGGCACAGUUAGCAACAUUAGCCAUAUUUUCAAGUAAUUUGGCCAGACUGCGCGCUAACAAAGCUACCAGUUCCUUAUACUUUACAAGAGCCACACAAAGGAAAUGCGCUCGAUUAGUUGGAAAACAUUAAGAUGCUGGCAGUACAGACAACGCAGGCCUUUUAAUUUAACAUUCAGUCACUGAAUGUGUUACAAGAAAACCACUUUAUUUGUCAGCCUGGCGUUAAGUUUUCGGAUAUUUUUGGCUGAUUUGUUUCGUUGAAUAGUGAGGAAUGAAGCUGCCAUGGCUAUGAUCGGGAAGGACACAAGAGAUACAGUUAUUAAAAGAAGGUAGCUAACUGCGAGCUAACAAACAUAUGUGUUCAUGAAUGAGAUAAACUUAACAGCUUGGAUGCAGAGCAGACACAAACGUAGCACUUUUCAAGUGAGUUAAACUGUGGAUGAGCGCUGCUGUUAGCAUUGUGAGCUAGCAGGGGCUAAUUAGCGCUAAAGCUAUCCAUCGCGUUGAGGAGCGACAUCAACAACAAAUAAAGGCGAAACAAACCCGGUUUAUUUAACUCGACACUAAAUAUGGCAGCGGCCACAAACGAGGCGUUGUUUUUGAUAAAAGACGUGAAGCCCGGCUCGAAAAAUCUGAAUAUUGUUUUCAUCGUUUUGGAGAUCGGACGAGUGACUAAAACGAAAGAUGGCCACGAGGUGCGCUCCUGCAAAGUGGCAGAUAAAAGCGGAAGUAUCGCUAUCUCAGUUUGGGAUGAGCUGGGGGGUCUUAUUCAGCCCGGGGACAUCAUCAAGCUGACCAGAGGCUAUGCAUCUAUAUGGAAAGGUUGCCUGACCCUAUACACUGGAAGAGGGGGAGACAUUCAGAAGAUUGGAGAGUAACGGCACCAUGCCGCCGUUUUCUAACAACCCUCCACCAGGCACGCCCCGUGACCCGGGAUUCGGGAGCAUCGGACGUCCCAACGGCCGAUCACCCGGCAAUGGCGCCCCGCCGGUUAACGCUGCUGGACCCCAGACAGCCACAAAGUCCUCUGUUACCAUCAGCAACGGCAGGGAUCCGCGACGUGCCAAAAGAUGAAACCGGGGGGGAGUUGGUGGGGGCGAGGGUCAUCUUUUUUAAAAAAAAAAAUGGAUGCCCCCAUUUUCUCCUGCUACUCUCGGUUGUCCAC